UGGCGACUCUCCUCAGGCCCAUGGCGGCCUGUGGGCUGAGGCGUCGCCGGCUUUGGAAGUGCCAGCUUAAGCGAGCGAAGCAGGGUUCCUAGUUGCCGGGCAUCGCGCAUCUCAGCGCCUUUGCCUGCUCACGUGCACUGCGACUGAAGCGGAGCGGUACCGGAUACAGCGGUCGCCAAAGUACCUUGACCGGAGUGGGGGGGACCGUCUUCGCAUGGAGCGUCCCAGGCCGUUCUUCGAGGACGGGGUCUCCCGGCCGUGGGCGCGCACCUCGGCCCCGCGGCCACCGUUCUCAGCACUCGGUUUUCUCUAGAGAAGGCAUAAAGAGAAGCAAAGGCAGAGAUGGGACUAGCAGGGAGAAUACUCCUGCCUCAUCGGAGCCACCGGUGUUCGGGAGAGCGCGGCAGCCCCCACCUGCCUGUGGACUGAGCACGUGAAGGUCAUUGUGUUUGAGUUGGAAUAUCAUUGGCUGCAAAUCAUCACUCUUCAUAAAGGUUGCCAGGCAUCCUGGGCCACCCAGAUGAUACAGAAUGGAGGUGCCAGAACUCACUCGCCCUGCCUCGCCUGCCAGGGACCAGCCAGCUCCUGCUCCUGGACAGCCAGGAGCCCCAGGUGGGCAGGUCUCACCUCACCUGACCCUGGGUCCUGUCAUUCUGCCACCGGAGCAGGGUCUGGCCCCUACCGUGUUCCUGAAGGCCCUGCCCAUUCCAUUGUACCACACAGUGCCUCCAGGGGGCCUCCAGCCACGUGCCCCUCUAGUGACACACAGCCUGGACGGGGGCAGUGUACCCUUUAUUCUCAGCCCCCUGCUGCGGCCUGAAGGACCAGGCCCUACUCACGUGGGGAAGCCAGCAGCCCCGGCGCUCACCGUGAACAUUGUGGGCACUCUGCCUGUCCUGUCACCAGGCGUGGGGCCCACGCUGGGUAGCCCUGGCAAGGUACGGAAUGCCGGCAAGUACCUUUGCCCACACUGUGGUCGGGAUUGCCUGAAGCCCAGUGUUUUGGAGAAGCAUAUCCGGUCCCACACUGGUGAGAGGCCCUUCCCGUGUGCCACCUGCGGCAUUGCCUUUAAGACCCAGAGCAACCUGUAUAAGCACAGACGCACCCAGACCCACCUCAACCACUCUCGGCUGUCCUCAGAGUCCGAUGGAGGUGGGGGCAGCCUCCUGGAGGAGGGGGAGAAGGCUGGAGAGAGCUCCAGAGCAGAUGGCAUGGGGGACAGCUGCAGCCAGAGGGUGGGUGGUGGGGCCCGACCAGAGAGACCCCUUUGUCCAGGCACCCAAGGUGCUGGGCAGUGCUCAGUGUCUGCCAUGCAUCUACCUUCUGUUACCAAGACCUUGGGUCUGAAGUUGGAAGCCGUUCCCUGUCCAGGGUCCACAUUUGCUGACAGAGAGACCCCCAUGGAUGCUGCUGCCCAUCCAGCCUCCCCUGGGCUUGCCCUGGCUGGCUGCCAGCCAAGGUUUAAGCCACCAGAGCAGACAUCCCCGACUGCCAGCCGACUGUGCUCCCUGCAACAGCAGCAGAUGGCGACGUCCUCAGAGAAGCCCUGGGAUGCCAGAGCCUCGGAGGGCCGGCUGCGGAAGUGUGAGAGCACUGACUCGGGCUACCUGUCCCGCUCGGACAGCGCAGAGCAGCCGCCGGCCCCUGGCAGCCCUCUGGAGCACAACACCGUGUCCGAGGGGGAGGUGGCCCUGGGGCCCGGGGGACCCGGCCUGCAGUUGGAGAAGAAGCAGUUGGAGGAACGUAUUGCCUGGCUCAUCUCCCACAACCAGGCCGUGGUGGACGAUUCCCAGCUGGACAAUGUGCGGCCCCGCAAGACGGUCCUGUGCAAGCAAGGUAGCAUCGACCUGCCCAUGCCCUACACCUAUAAGGACUCCUUCCACUUUGACAUUCGGGCGCUGCAGCCUAGCCGGAGGAGGCCUGCCACUGUCAGCUCGGCCCGGUCCACUUUUAUCCCUCCGGACAGGGCAAGGCCGCUCUUCUUUCACUCUGUCCCCACUCAGCUCUCCACUACCGUGGCGUGUGUGCCUGUCACCAGGAGCAACUCACUGCCCUUUGUCGAGGGCACCAGGACCUGGCAGGAACCGUUGGACCCCAGGGACGCCUGCCCCAGGAGGCAGAAACCUCUGAGCCCCAAGCCUGCCCCCACCCGACUGGUGGAUGUCCUCAGUGGUCCCCCUCGGGCCUUGGUCAGACAGGCUGCUGUGGAGGACCUUCUCUUUCCCCCUACUGGAGACAGCCUGGCCCCUGCAGAAGACCCAGAUGGAAACAAAGUUGCUGCUGGGGAGGGGGCAGCCAGCAAGGGCAGAGCAGCCAAUAAGAAAUGCAGCCAGAGGAAGCUGAAGAUGUUCUCCCAGGAUAAGUGGCAGGUGUAUGGGAAUGAGACAUUCAGGAGAAUCUACCAGAAAAUGAAAACCAGCUGCCACGGAGGCAAGAAGGUGAAGGAGGUGACAGUGGGUAGUAGGACAGAGCUGGACUUUCCUCUCCAGGAAGAGCUACCAGGGAAUGAGGGCAUAGUCUCGUCCCAGGACAGGAGGUACCCUGUCGAUGGGGAUGCACCUGUGGGAGCCAAACCAGGACCUUGCAGAAGUUCACUGGCCCCGGAGGGCUUCUUGGUGAUAGAGCCCCCCAAGCAGAGGGAGAUGGUCACCAGAGCAGGAGUCAGUGACCAGCCUGGGGUGAACAGGGCCACCUCACCCUCCACCUUCAACUGCAGAGAACCCCCCUGUUUGGGCAGCAAAAGCCCUUUGCUUUCUCCAGAUGAAAGGCUGGGGCUGGGGUGUCAGCUGCCCCCAGCACCCGGUCCCCUCAAGGGAGGUGACCUAGAGGCUCCCACACCAGUUUUGCCAGACCCUGAGCUGGAAGGAGGCUCCUGUGAUGGUGGGGGAAAGGAGACCUGUCCGUGGACCCACACUGUGCCAAGGCGGCCCAGCGAUAGCUCUGGGGAGCCCCAGGCCUCAGAAAACAAGCUCCCCUCAGAGAGGAAGAAGCUGAAAGUGGAGAAGCUGAGCUGCCAGGAGCAAUCAGAGCCUCCAGGAACAGAAACGGAGGUCCCAGGUGGCCCUUUGCAGGCCACCUCUCUGCCAUCUCAGAACCAGGACAGUGACUCUGGGGAUAAGCCAGGGGGGCUACGUGAGAGCACUGAUAGCGUGGCGAGGGGCAGAGCUGGGCAGCCGUGCAAGCCCUUAGAGGUUUGCGGUGCUUCUGCUGCUCCUUCUGUGGCCCCGAGGCAGGUGGGGCUGAGGGAAGAGAUCUUGCCACAUCCUGCAGCACCAUCCCACCUGGCUGCUCAGUCUCGGGCGUCUGGUGCCCUCACUGCCCUGGUAGAUACCCUCUUUCCCCCCAAGUACCUCCUCAGGUUGCCUCAGGGAGAGACCCACCCACCAGCUCCUGUGGCCCUGGGGCCAGGACAAGUCCAGGACCCUCUCUGUAGGAGAAGGUGGCCCGAAGAACAGACAUCCUUUGUUGGGUCAGGGCUGGGGACCUUCCUGCCUCCCUGCCCAGCCUCGGGCUUGGUCCUUGGUGGGGCAGAAAGCUUUGAAGAGGACCCCAGCUGGUCCAGGCCCUGGGGCAAGAACAAGGGUGUGCAGGGAAAGGAGAAAGGAGACAUGGACACUGGCACUCCAACAGCGGGACAGUCCCCUGGCUCAUCUACUGGAGCCCCUAGGGAGAAAACCUCCUUCCUGCCCACCCCAACGUGUGCUACCCGGAAGAGUGGGACCCCUGACACCCGACACCCCUGCAUGGGCAGGACUGCGGUGGGAGCCAGGCUGUCUGGGGGUGUCCUGAGUCCCUGUGCACUCAGCAGGGACUUGGGGGGAACUCCUGAGAAUGUCCCGGAAGACCCUCCCUCAGGGCCUCUGGCUGGGCUCAAUUCCUGCCACUCCUUCCUCUCAGGCCCCCACUCCUCCCAGCUGGCCAGAGCUGGCCUCGUGUACCCACUCAGACACUGGGUGGAGCUUCAGGGCCCACAGCCCUUUCCCAUCAUUGAGGGCUGAGCCCCGACUCACGUGGUGUUGCUUGAGCCGAAGCCUGCCUCUGCCCAGAGAGCAGAAGGAAAAGGCCGCUUCUGUGUACUUGGCACUGCACUUCCUUGGUGGCAGCCCCCAGGACAAGGGUCCAGAUGCCCAGCCCGUGAGCAGGGCAAUGGUGGGAGGACAGACGAGGACAGGCCUGGGAGAAGGAGGGCAGGUCCAGACAUCAAAGCUCUCCUGCCCAGUGGCCUCAAGGAUGGUGUCCCAGGAACGGGUAUCUGAGCCCGAAUGGAAGAAAGGACUGCCGUGGAGGAAGGCAAAGAUGUUUCGGGGGAGCGGGAAACAGAAGCUGAGUAUCCGCUCCAGAAGGUACAAAGGGAGUUUCUUACAGAGCCGCACUCAACGGAGGGGGAGCGGACCCCGCAGGCAACUCAGGGUGCUGAGAAAAGACUGCCACCUCCCCCAACUCGAGGGGCUGGGUCCACACGGAACCCCCAAGCAGCCUUCUUCAGAAAUGACAGAGGACAAGGUCAGCACUGGGGGAGAAACCCAAAGGGGAAGUUUUCUCCAGAGAUGUAGGGCUUCAUCUGGAAAUGCACAUGUAGGGAGAAUACAGCAGAGGCUUUCUGGACUGAGGAGUGAGGGCAUGGAGGAGAAGGAGGACCUGUUUUCCACGGCAGGACAAUGAUAGAAUUUUAGGUGACCUAGGGGCUGUAACUUCGAGGAGGAACUUGACAAAAUGCAACAGAGAAGUUGAGAAUUGUCAUUGAGGGGAACUUCCCAAUUAAAAGCUUUCACCCCUGCCAUUCAGAUGAAUUUUCACAAUAUAAUGUAAAUUGAUUGCCAAGUGAAACCACAAAUCAUGCUCAGGCCAUAGAAUUUCAUGAAGUUGAUGGAAGUGACGACUGGAUUGAUUGAAACUCAUUGACAGAAUCUGACUAGAUGACAAAUGGACAAGAGAGAUCUGAGGAGGAUAAUUCCAAGAGAACGAGGUCUGAAUUUGCAAGACAAGCCAUCUCGUGCCGCUUCAGAAUUGCCUAUGGGUUGUGGGCAGAGAGAGGAGGAGGCUGGCCCCAGACAAACCUCGGGAAGCUUCUCUCCCAGCACAAGUUCAAGGCUGGCAGUGGGAUAGACCAGGAGAUUUUUCCAGCUGCCGGUGGGCAUGGUGACCGCUGCCCUCAGAGCAUUGCUGCUGGGUCAGAACUGUCUGAGCACUCCGACUCUUGCGUGGCAGUAGCUAAUGACAGCCUUCUGUGUCAAGGCAGAGGUCUCAGCAUGGGAUUGCUGGAGACCCAGCCACUGCCCUCCCAUGAGCAAGUCUCAGUAGAUCUGAAACCGUACAUUUUCUCAGAUGCUCAAGAGCCUUCUUCCUUUGAGUCCAAAGGAACCUCUCCCUGCCAGGAUGUUGUUCCCUGUGUGGCUGCCAUUUGUGUUCCGGGGGAGAGAGCAGGUCGCGCAACUCUGGGAAUUCACAUUGUAGAACCACAAGACCACAGAGCUACAGGGGAGGCUCUGACACAAAGCUCCCCAGAUAGAAAAGCUAGAGCAGAGGGCAUGUCACCAUCAGUCCUUCCAGGGAGACCUUCAUCUGGGCAGAGAAUUUCAGGUUUGGUUUUGUUGGGGUCAACUGGAAAAACUCGUCUUGAAAUACCAGCAUCAGGACCAGGCUCAGCUAGUUCAUAUCAAGAGGAAGGGGAACUCAAGACAUUUUUUCCUCCUGGGGGACGGUACGGGUAUGGGGAGAUGAUAAUCCCCUGCCCUCCUUUAGGAAAUGACAGUGGGAAAUGUCAAGGCUCUGGAUUAACUGCUGUAAAGGACCGUGUGGUUCCUUCUAACCCAGGGCAGCCCAGAGAAUCCCCUGAAGCCUCUUCAAAAAUGGUCAAGAGGCGGGGUCUGGAAGGACUGAGAAAACAGACUCGAGUGGAAGUCAGUGACACCAGCAGUGAUGAUGAAGACCGGUUAGUGAUAGAGAUGUGACACCUUCCGAUGCUGGUGUUCGGAGACCAGAUACUGUCAGGCUGGCAGGACAGCUGAACUCGAUUUCACCAAGUACCUACAUAUGAGGAAAGCCAUUUGGGGAUCUCUCCAAGACAUCCCCAGCCAACUCCAACCCCCAUGUCCCAGAUCCCCUCACGGUAUACCACGUGCCAGGCAGGGCAAAGGUAGCCAUGGAGCCUGGUCUAAGGAUGCUUGGCACACAGUGACUGUGCUCGCCUCUCAGCCGCGUCCUCUGCAUCGGUCCCCAUUACCUCACCCCGUAAGAUGGCACUAACCAGGACAGCCACAAUCGACAUAUUUAUGAGCAAGUGAACCUGUAGAGUCAAGUGGACCGACUUCCUCCAUCAGUAAGCUGAGGGUUUGCUUCAAAGGUGAACUCAUUAAAUAUAGGUGUCUGUCAGGACCCAGAAAAUCUUGUGUGCUAGAUUUGUACCUGUGCAGUUCUCUUCAGCCAUGCUUUGUACUUAGCAAGCACAUGUAUAAUUCAAUGUGAAGAAAUCUAGGAACAUUUGAACAUACUGCUUCACCACUGGAAGAAAAAAGGAGCCAGGAAAAAUAGUCCAUCUUUGUCACUUGGAGCCCUAGAGGAUGACUCAUCUAUAUGCGGUCAGCUGUUCAGAACUUACUAUUUUCUUGAUUGUUCAUAAUCAGGAAAGCUGUUGGCUUCUUGAUUGUUUGUUGAAAAUUUUCUCCUUCUUUAUAUGAUUAAAUUAUUUUUGUUUUGAUAAAAAUAAAAUUGAAAAGAAAAAUGCCUUGUGUGAUUUAUUAACAUUUUAACCAAAACUAUCACAGGAAGUAUCCUGUAUGAAUUCAAUAUCUGGUUAGUCCAAGUAGUUAAUCAGACAUCCUGUCUGCCAUAUUGGUAUCCCAUUCUACUCAACAAAAGGAUUAGUUAGGUAAUGGCAAAUUACCAUAUUUUCUUGUGCUGUUUCCAUGACCCAUGUGUCGCAUGUGUCCUUGUCUGCCAUAUUUUAGACUUCUUAACUUAAAAAUGUGUUUUUAAAUUCCUAAAUGUAGCUAAGUUUUGAAGCCACAUGAGGGCACUAUCCACAGUGCAAUAUCCAAAACUUUUCCCCUUAGAACGAUGUCUCUUAGAUAUUUAAUAUUAUUCAUUAACAGAGGAAACAUUCGUAAUUCAAAACAAUGCCUCCUCACAAAGAUAGUUGAUGUAUUCUUCAUAAGAAUAAGUAGACUUAUUUUAUAUACCAAUGCAAUAUUAGUCUUCUACAUCUCUACACCUCGUGAAGGCACUUGAAAUCAAUGGAGACACAAUACAUGGGGAGAAAAAGUACGAAAGGAAAUACAGAAGGCACAGCUAUACUCACUGAUGGAUCUGAGAUGCAUUUUUGCUAACUCAUCAAACUCUAAUAAGUUAACCCAGUAUUUCCAAACUUCAGUCGUUUGAGAAUCAUCUUGAUGUUUUUUGCCAUAUGGGUAUAUUAUUUACUUAAUACUUUUGUUUAACUCCUCUUGUUUUCCACACACUGUUUAAGAAAAUUUUUAUUAUUGAAAUACAGUUGACAUGCGAUGUUAUAUUAGUUUUAGGUGUACAACAUGGUGAUGCAACAGUUUUAAGUAAUUCCUAAUGUUAAGUGUAGUCACCAUCUGUCACCAUACAACAUUAUUACAAUAUUAUUGACUGUAUUCCCUAUGCUGUAUCUUUCAUCUCUGUGACUUACUCUUUAAUAAUUGGAAGUUUGUACCUCGUAAUCCCCUUAUUUCUCCCAUACCCCUACCUACUUCCCCUCUAGCAACUACCAAUUUGUUCUCUAUAUUUAAGAAUAUCUGUCUGUUUUUGUUUUUUAGAUUGUGUAUGUAAGUGAAAUCAUAUGGUAUUUGUUUUUCUGUGUCUGGCUUAUUUCACUUUGCAGUAGAUACUCUAGGUACAUCCACGUUGUCAUGGAUAGCAAGAUUUCAUUCUUUCUUAUGGCUGACUAGUAUUCCAUUGUGUAUAUGUACUAUAUCUUCCUUAUCAUCCUUGUCUUAAAGAAGUGAUUAUUGCCUUAAAUAAUAUCUGUGAAAUAUCAGCCUGAAUUUGAUAGUUUUGUUUAUUCUCAGAUCUGCAUUAAGUAAAUUAAACUAUUAAGGAUUAUUCAUCCAUGGACCAGUUAAAUAACGUCUUCACACUGCCAGUGGUAUAUCUCUCACACUUGCAGAAGCAUUAAGUGAAUUUGAAAGGUAUGUGCAUUGUUAUUUUCUUUAGUUAUUCUGGUUUCUAGUAAGCACAACUGUCUCGCCAUUUUUUCUUCAAGCCUAAAGAACUGGUGACCAGAAGUAGAAUUGUAGGUUUAUCAGAUAAUUUUCAUCAGUCAGACUUUAUAGGUGAAUAAUUAACAUUCCAAGUUCAAAGGUUUAUCACAUCUUUCAGUUGCAAAGGAAUAGUCACGUAAAUGUCUUGUGAUACACAUUUUUUGUUCUGGUGGUUGGUUGGUUGGUUGGUUGGUUGGUGAGUACCAAAUGAUAUACAGGAAAGCAUGGUUAGGGAUUCAUGCUGAACCACAAGGACUACCACCAAUUCU